AUGCAUGAAAAAGAAAAUACGGUGGAUACUACUUCUAUAUCUCCAAAGUUGGAGAGAAUACAACUACCUCAGUUCGACAAGUUUAUCAUAGAGGAAGAAGAAGGUUCAGGGCUCAGAGAAAAAAUGAUGGAAAAAAGUUUGCGGUUAAACGGAUCACUGGCAUGCUUGAAGACUCGUGGAUACAUGGUGAGUUUUGGGCAGUCAUCAGGUGCGCCAGAUCCGGUUCCAUUGUCAGCCAUUGCAGUGAAGUCACUGUUCUUGACUAGGCCUAGCCUCUCUAAUUACGCUGAAACUCGAGACGAAUUGCUAGGGAUGGCGGGAGAGGUAUUUGGUAAUGUUCAAUCAGGUGUAUUGCGGGUUCGAGUAAAUCACACCUACCCAUUGUCUCAAGCAGCACAGGCACACGAAGACCUUGAGAAUAGGAAAACAUCUGGAUCUGUUGUGCUUAUCCCUUAA